AUGGUGAUGGCCCUUUCAGUGACAUUCCCUUCUCUCUCUCUGCCUUUUCUUCCAGUGCCCAUCCCCUCGAAGGCGAACGGCACCACCAUCUCAGCCCUGUCAAUGAACAAAGACGGUCUGAUCGGAGGGGUGACAAAUCCCAACGAGGUCUUCUGCUCGGUGCCCGGCCGCCUCUCCCUUCUCAGCUCCACCUCCAAGUAUAAGGUGACCGUUGGAGAAGUGCAGAGAAGGCUGUCCCCACCAGAGUGUCUCAAUGCCUCUCUUCUUGGGGGAGUCCUCAGGAGGGCAAAAUCAAAAAAUGGUGGAAGGUGUUUAAGAGAGAGAUUAGAGAAAAUCGGGUUAAAUCUCCCUGCAGGAAGGCGUAAAGCUGCCAACGUCACUUUGCUGACAUCCCUUGUGGAAGGUGAAGCAGUUCACCUCGCCCGGGAUUUUGGCUACGUGUGCGAAACAGAGUUCCCAGCGAAGGCAGCAGCAGAAUACCUGUGCCGUCAGCACUCUGAUCCCAGCGAGCUUCACACCCGGAAAAACAUGCUGCUGGCUACCAAGCAAAUUUGUAAAGAGUUUGCAGACUUGAUAGCCCAGGAUCGGUCUCCCCUUGGGAACAGCCGCCCAUCAAUCAUCUUAGAGCCAGGUGUCCAGAGCUGUUUGACUCAUUUCAGCCUGAUAACUCAUGGCUUCGGGGGCCCUGCUAUCUGUGCAGCACUAACAGCCUUCCAGAACUACCUGGUGGAGUCCCUCAAGGGGCUGGAUAAAAUGUUCAUGAACAGCACAGGGAACGGGCACGCAGCUGGAGACUCCAAAGCAUCAGAAAAAGAAGUGAAGCAUCGAAAAUAACACACCACCUCUUUCUAUAUCUCCCCACAGAGGGAGCUCUCCCCAGCUCGUGACAGGAGGUCUGAGCUUAUCAGUGUUGGAAAAAUAAUUAAAACCCAGGGCAGCACGUUUUUCCAAACUGCGAUGCUUGAAUUUGGGAUGAAACUCGUUAAGCAAACAGAGAAAGGGAAAAAAAAAAAGAUGUAAAGAAUUUAAGAAGGAAACAACUUUAAUGGACAAAACUGAGAUCAAGAGACCAAGCCAGGUCAAUGGCUUUUUUUUUUGUUUGUUUGUUUUUUUUUAAUUUGAGGAUGCAGGAAGCCAAGUCAUGUGCAAUUUUGUUUUGUUUUGCUUUUUAAACCCACAAGGAAAUCCUGACGUGCUCCAGGAAUCUCCUUAAACCGAGAAAAACCUGAAAAAACCAAGAAGGAGCAAAAGCCUCAGCAACUCGAGUAAUUUUUGUAACCAAGGCACAAGUAAGCACAAUGAGGAUUUGGAGGUUGCAGGCCAGACCUGGAUCUAUAACCCAUCUUCAGUAGGCAGAUGCACAGGGAAUCUUCCAUUGAUACCACCUACACACCGGUCCUGAACUGGGCUGAGAGAGUUGCCAGGAGCUCUGCUUUGGGUUUUGAGCAGUCCCAAGACUUCGUUUACAGCUUUCAGCAACUGCGACUUACUAUGGAUUUUCUCCAUGGCUUAUGGAGCCCUGAGCUGAGGGGAGAAACCACCAGCUCAGGCAGGUUAAAAUUACACCAGGGACUAAUCAAAACCCCACAACCUACAAAUAAACAGCACACAGGUUUUAAAAAUUAUUAAUAAUAAUAUUAAUUAAUAAAGCACAAGGGGCAGAACUUGAACCAGGCCAAACUGAACUGAACUGCUCUAAAUCUGUAUAUAUUUAUUUAUGUGUAAUUAAAUCUGAAAGUUUUAAAAUGUCCAGUGCAAGUUAUUUAUAUCUAAUUGAGUUGGGAUUUUUUUUUUUUUUUUGAAAGAUGAGAGUCUUUGGAUUUUCUGCCAUUAGAAAUGGGAAUGAAGUUUUGGAUACACAAAACUGUAGCAUGGACAAUAGGCUGUGAUGAUAACUAUAGAAGGUUUGCAGGAUUUUGUACUUGCUGUUGUUUCUCUUAAAGCUGCAAUAGAUGUACAACACCCACACCACAAUGUCAUUCUCAUUAUCUUAAUAAACCUCUUUUUAUUUGAA